CAAUUCACAACAUUUAGUAUCUGACGAAUAUUCUAUCAAUACAUAAUAUGUAAAUAUUAUGAAUGACACUUCAGUGUAUUUAUUUACAAAUUAGAACCAAGACUAUACAAGGGUAACAUGAAAAUCAAUGUCGCAACAAAAGAGGUGUUAAUUAAGGUAAUUUUAAUAUAACAAAGGUAACACUGACGGAUGCACCACUAUACGCGUUGUCAUAACAACAAGCGCACGCAUAGAUAAUAGAAUGUUUUAGAACGCGCCAAUUUUAAAGUGUCAAAUGAAAAAUGGCUUUAUCCUCUCGCAUUUUAAGACGUGCUUCGUUAUUUCUCUAUCAAAAAAGAUUAGAAACGACUGUUGCAAGUUUGACUAAAGAUGAAAUUUUAAUUUUAUUAAGACCACCGUUCAAUAAUUGGAGUAAUGUUAUUCGGGAAGCAGAGAAAGUUGUCGGCUAUCCGACCUCUUUCAUGAACUUAAGGUGUCUAUUGAGCGAUGAAUUUGCUAAUCUGGCGCUGUAUUUACGUAAACUGGUUGGCAGUAACCAUCUCGUAAUGCAAACAGCUAAGAACGUCCUCUACGGCGACUCCAAGAACCUCCAACCUUGGGGCCUCAUCAUGCUGCUCCUUUCAAAAUCCGUCAAAAUAAGAUCAUCUCAAACGAAACUAAUUGAAGAUCAACAAAGACAAUUAGCGGAACUAACUGAAAUGAUGAGGACGGGACAUCUUAUACAUAGAGGUAUCGUCAACGUCCCAUUUGCGAAACGCUCAAAGAACACAGAAUCAGCCAUAUUCGGGAAUAAAAUCGCUAUCCUACUUGGUGACUAUCUAUUAGUCACAGCAAAUGCAAUGCUGGCUGGCCUGAAGAACGCUGAUGUUCUGUACAUCGUAUCCACCGCCUUACGCGAUCUGUCUGAAUCAGAAUUCUUUGGUGAACGGGACGAACAGAAUAUGCCCUUACCAGGAAAACCCAAGAAAAAUACAGAUGACGAUAUAACCUUUGACACCACGUCUAUAACAGCUGAUGACGUGUUAGGGAAACCGCGAAAGGAAUGGACUGCCAGAACAGUUUACAACGGAGUCAGUUUGUUAGGCCGCGGUUGUCAAUCAGCGAUGAUGCUCGGCAAGCAAAAUCGUGAUGUUCAGAACAGUGCCUAUCAUUUCGGAUGCCACGUUGGUUUAGCAUGGCAAGCAGCUAUGGAACUGCAAGCCUUAAACGCCGACAAUAAAGACCGGUUUUGUCUAGCAAGUGCCCCGGUGCUAUUCGCGUUGGAAGAAAACCCUGAACUAUACAAAAUCAUCGAUCAAGCCAAGAACGAUGUAAAAGAUGUGGAUUAUGAAGAUCUGAAGUUUAAUAUAUUGAAAACUGAUGCUGUUGAUAAAACCAAAACGCUGUACGAGGACCACGCAAAAAAGGCGACUGGAUAUAUUGAAAGUAUCGCUAGAAAUGACACUGUUGAAAUGAUCAAAAAGUUGAUUAAUACCUUCUAAAUGACAUGAAAUGACAAAACGAUGUCUAUGACUGUAAUUUACUAAAUUUCGUUUAUCACCAUUUAUUUGUAAAUUGCAUUGGCCGGAUCCGUUCCCUUACCUACUCUUGAUCUUAGCUUAAAUUUUACUUUAGUGAUAUAUUUAAAUGAUAACAAUAUCAACUUAAGGGGCGGGGCUCCUUCCUUGCAUAAUCCAUAAAAUCAUAGCUUGUAAAGCAAGCUCACGCUUGUGACAUCCGAGUUUCUAUAUAAAACCUCCUGGGGAAAGUAAUUUUCUUUAGAAUUCAAAGUAUUCCACUAGUACACGUAUUUCGUGAUAUUAAUAUAACUACAUAUUGCUAUCAUAAAUAUAUUAUUUCGUACUAAAGAUGACUGAGACUAUUAUUAACUUUAGAAUAAUAUAAUUGAAUUAAAAAAUAUAAUUUUGGUAGUUGUUUUCUUCGAAAUAUAACAUUGCUACGAUUCUGAGACAUUUUUUAUUCUCAUUUGCCAUAACGCAAAAUUUUGCACCGCAUGACGUUGCUUUCUAUUAGCGCGCCAUCUAUAUUGUGUCUCCUAAGGGGUAAGCAAGGAUUACACUCAACAACU